AUGGAUGCGUGCCUACAAAAGUUUAAGCUGAGCAUGGGCUCCGUGUCAAUCAUACCCACCACCUCUGACGAGGUUGCAGCCUCCACACGACGCCGGGUCGCUCAUUGGGACAACAAGCGCGAGAAGUGCAAUAACUGCGAGCACAUCUACCUUACGACACUGAGCCAGCACUUGGGUUUCUGCUCGGUAGACUGCAAGUCCAACAUGGUCUACCUGGAGAAGGUAAAUCGCACCAUUCGUGCCAUGAAGGAGGCUAUAGAUGAACGUCUAUCUAUACAAGAGAAAGCGUUUAUUGACGAACCAACGAUGCAGCAGGACCCGCAUCAGAUCAAGACUGAUCAGCAGUCCAAGCUGCAGUCACAUCAGACGUCCCUGCAAUGCGACGUUGCGGAAGCUAACGCCUCGCAUAGCUUAAAGCACGCAACAUCAUUUGCUGAGUUUGGUAUUGAAUCCCGAGUAUUAGACACGGGCAAAUUUGAGUGGUCUUUCAGUGCAGCAUACUAG